GUCCCCACUCUCAGGAGCCGCGCCAGCCGGACUCGCUGCUCGACCCGUGAUGGAUGAAGCGGAAGGUUUUGCGCUCGCCUGAAGGCAAAUGUCGUGGAGCAAAGCGGAGAUGUGAGCGCAGAAUGUGGCGGAGACACGAGCGGACAACUUGGCUGCAAGUUCUCUAAGUUUGGAGACUUGAGGGCGCAACCUCCAGACUGCUGCCUUUUUGACUUGAACUCUGCUGCUUCCGAAAGAAAAGAAAAGACACAGCUUGGACAUCUAUCAUUUCCCCAGAAUUUUUGCAAUAGUGAUUCCCGAAGUGGCUCCCAAGUGGUGUUGCGGCUCCUCGUCCCCGGCGGAUCCGGAGGUUGGAGUCUCUGCACCGGGGGGAGUCGCCGCUCCAGCGGGCCCGCAGGCUCCGAAGGGCAGCCGCGUCAGGAGGAUGGUGCGGCUGGCGGCCGAAGUGCUGCUGCUGCUGGGACUCCUCCUGCUCACCUUGCACAUCACCGUGCUGAGGUCCAGUCCGCUCCCGCAGGUCAAUGUCACCCACAACCUGGACACGCAGCAAAACAUCAUAAAUGCCAAAAGCAGCUCAUCGGUGCACCUUGCUUCCGAAGGCCGGAGGUCCGGUCCGGAGCACCGAUCAGCCCGCCGGCCUCCCACCCUACCCUGGGCCCAAGGCACUGCUGGUAGCGUGCACAAAGAUGGAGCCGGAGCGUUCCUCCUGGAUCUGCACAACUUCCCAGACCUCUCCCGCGCCGACAUCAAUGGACAGAAUCCCAACAUACAGGUGACCAUAGAGGUGGUGGAUGGGCUUGAGGCGCACGAGACGGAAAAAGGUCUUAGAAAAGAGACUAAACCCAACUGGGCUUCUCCGAACUGGCGCAACUGGUGGCGCCAUUCUUCAACCUCUUCGUCCACCACUCAUCAAAGCGAGGAGCACGAGCGCAGCGAGGACAGUAACUUCCUGCGUCCGCCGAUGGAAUGGGACCGAAGAGGUGGCGCUGCAGGAGCGGGAGGAGGAAGCAAAGCUCAAACUGAAUAUGACUACAUGGAUGGAGAAGGAGACUGGAGUAGCUGGUCUGCGUGCAGCGUCACCUGCGGAAAUGGCAAUCAGAAGAGAACCCGGUCGUGUGGUUACGCCUGCACGGCCACAGAAUCCAGGACUUGUGACAUGCCGAACUGCCCUGGUAUUGAAGAUGCCUUCAAGACUGCAGCCACCGAAGUGAGCCUCUUAGCUGGAACCGAUGAGUUCAAUGCCACAGAACUGUUUGGUAUUGAUACCGACAGCUGUGAGAGGUGGAUGAACUGUAAAAGCGACUUCCUGAAGAAAUACAUGGUCAAAGUGGCGAACGACCUCCCCAGCUGUCCCUGCUCAUACCCGACGGAGGUGGCCUACAGCACGGCCGACGUCCACGACGCUCUGCUGCGAAGAGAUUUCCGUUGGAAGGACGCCAGCGGACCCAAAGAGAAGCUGGAGAUCUACAAACCAACGGCGCGCUACUGCAUCCGAUCAAUGCUGACCCUCGAGUCCACCACGUUGGCCGCCCAGCACUGUUGCUAUGACGACAACAUGAAGCUCAUCACUCGAGGCAAAGGCGCGGGCACGCCCAAUCUCAUCAGCACCGAGUUCUCCGCUGACUUGCACUACAAGGUGGACAUCUUGCCGUGGAUCAUAUGCAAGGGAGACUGGAGCCGAUACAACCAAGCCAGACCACCCAACAACGGACAGAAGUGCCCAGACAACCCACAGGAAGAGGACUACUACAAGCAGUUUGAAGAAGCCAGGGAGUUCUAGCUUCACUCAAAGCUUACACACGCAAAACCUCAAUCAUGACUCUGUUGAUCGAAUAUGACACGAGGGAGAAUGACUUGACUGGAGAUGAGUUACUUGGAAACUCUUUCCGACCGCAGCGGACACACAGAAACAACUAGGUACAUUUUUUUUCUGUUGAAAACAAGGACUGAAUUUUGACAUUUUUGUCAAUUUGUUCCACAAAAGGGAGAAUUUCUUUUCGUAAAGGGAAACGUAAAUAACUUGGUAAUGUCCGUUUAGAUUCUGUCGAGCUGGUCCUGCGCUAAUAGAGUAAUGACAUCCUUCAAGAAUGUUUGGCAGCGUGGUUGGAGGCGUGGAAGACGGGGUAUGAACAUGUUUGUCAUUGGUAGUACUGGCUGUGAAAUUGUUAUUUAGCAUGCAUAUUUUCCUAAGGCGUCUACCUGGAAUGUACAACCAUGUCCCCGGUCUCUUUGUACACAUUGUUUUGUUUUGUAAAGUAUUUAUUAUUAAGUUGUAGCUGUGUGUGUCUGUGACUGAAUGCUAGACGCUCAAUGUUGUAUCAAGAAUCUGUGAAUACAAUUGUACCGAAAGAAUUGAGAUAUUAAAUCUAUAAAUAAAGACUUUUGGAUCAUCUGGAGCUGCGUUUCCCUCCUGCCGUCGCAUGUGUACAUGCCUUCAGUUGGGUUUGAUACCUCAUCAGAUGGUGAGGAGAGCGUGUUUGCCUACUCAAAUAAUUUGUCUUUGGCAUGCAUCUUCACAUUCCUGAGUAAUUCCUCACAUACGCACCGCGUGUUCCGUGUCAAUAUCAGGGACCUCUGACCAUUUUCUGACUUCUCCAGGCGCUAAAAACAGAGAAGACUAUUCAUAAUGCCAUCAUUCAUCCAGUUCUGUGUGUGGCACAGCCACCAAUGCGGGAAUUGUCUUCACAAUGCAGCAGGCCACAACACGUUCCUCAAACACGGGGCACCGCGGACGACCGUUGUUUCAGCGUCAGCCCUCUAUCUCUAAGACAAACAAUUCUAAUACUUGUGUAUGUAUAUAUAUAAAUAC